CAGGGCUGCGUGCAGAAGCGCAGCGGGCUGGAGGCCGGCGGACGAGGAGCGGAGUGCGCGCAAGGGGCCAGCUGUGUGGCCAACAUGAGUGAGGUUUCCUGCAGAAAACGGGAUGACUACUUGGAGUGGCCCGAGUAUUUCAUGGCAGUUGCCUUCUUGUCAGCACAGAGAAGCAAAGAUCCAAAUUCACAGGUCGGAGCCUGCAUCGUGAACGCAGAGAACAAGAUCGUUGGGAUCGGGUACAAUGGCAUGCCUAAUGGGUGCAGCGACGACCUGUUGCCUUGGAGGAGGACCGCAGAGAACAGGCUGGACACCAAGUACCCUUACGUGUGCCAUGCGGAGCUGAAUGCGAUCAUGAACAAGAACUCGGCUGAUGUGAAAGGCUGCAGCAUGUACGUUGCCUUGUUCCCGUGUAACGAAUGUGCCAAGCUCAUCAUCCAGGCAGGUAUAAAAGAAGUGAUUUUCAUGUCUGACAAAUACCAUGACAGUGAGAAGACCACCGCAGCAAGGCUCAUGUUUGAUAUGGCUGGGGUCACGUUCCGGAAAUUCACACCCAAGUGCAGCAAGAUUGUCAUUGACUUUGAUUCAAUUAACAGUCGGCCGAGUCACAAGCUCCAGUGAGUUAUAUCUCAUUGAAACAUCAGAAGGUUGGGAUUAUUGCCUUCCCAGGGGCUGUUGACACUGUUCACCUGGAGGUUGUGUCUCUGCGCUUCAUCGCCAGUAGGGUGAAAGCAGACAUCUGAAGAGGGGGCAGCCUCCAGUCAGCUUUCCCAUCUCUCCCGGCACACAAAAGCUGUACCUGCUGAAACUUUAAGGGAACCUAGGUUGCUGAGCAGCUGCAGCCCUGGGUCCCAGCUCGUUGGGCAGGGUGACUGGAGGCCCCACGGAAAGGGCGUCAGCCAUCUGUCACUCCCUCACCAAGCGGACGCACGUGGCUGCAGCUGCAGCUCCCUGCCUGCCUGUGCUGUGCUGGAAGGACGUAUGAGUCAUGGUUGCUAUGUCGGCCGUGGGUGUGAGCAGACGGGAACAUCUGGCCCAAGCGAAGCGUAACACUCAAUGCCCUUGGAAGGAAUCUGAACCUGAAAGACAGGAGCUGCAAAUGGUAGUCGGAGAGGGAUAAGGGAGCCUGGCCAUGUCACACGGCCAGCCUGGAUUGGAGGUCUGUUCUCUGUCCCCGCUGUCCAACCACCCCUCUGAGGAUGGGGACUGCUGUGGGGCUUUUGCUUCUGGUUCCUGGUUUCUUGCUCACGUAGAGCCAUGACGGUGAGUUGAUCUGAGAAGUGAGAUGUUCCUAGAGGACACCGUCCCUCUCCCCUUGCUGCUUCCUGAGGUCCUGCCCUGCCGUGGAGGCUUGGAGGGGCAUGCCGUCCCACUCUUGCUGAGGUUGCGCCUUUCCAUGGACUCACUACAGCCACAGAAUAAAGGAAAGCCUUAGCUCUUGGUGGAUUGCCUGCGACAUUGCUCUCCGGGAGGCAGAUGGUGACAGAGCAGGUGCUGGUUGCUGGAGCAGCUCCACGCUCCUGGUGCCACACCUUCAUCUAUAUAAGUGUCAGCUUCCUAAUUACCAGGGGCAGGGGAACGCAAGAUUGUGCGCCUCAUCUUUAAUCUCAUUUAAUUUUUUAUUAAGCACACAUGGUGCCUCUGUGCAAAAAUGGUUUCUUUAUCAUAAAGAUGAUUACACCUUGUUAAAGUGCUCUUAAUAUUUUCAUGAGUUUUUACUUUUGUCUCUGAGGUUUUGUACUCCAUAUUCUAGGGCAUUUUGUAAUUUGGCUUUUUACCAGUCAUUAUCAGUGUCUUAUUAAAAUGUACUGCGGAAGUGUGUUCAUUCUUACGUUAUUAUAAUUAUGUACUUCAGUCUCCACUUCUCUCAUUUCCAUAUCGUCUGGAAAGCACAUCACAUACAUGUUUACGUUCCAAGAACAGUUUGAGACCCCAAGCUCUGCGCUUUGCCCAGGGGUUAACAGGUGAUGCGUUUUCAUGGAGGGAGCAGUUUCAGCUCUCAGUACUUUCCACUCUGUGACCCCUGCUCCCCGUCAGAUGGGGCCACCUCCUCCCCGCCGGACUGUUGGAGUCCCCAGGAACUCGUCUGCUGCUUGCUAGUCUUGUGUUCUAGGUUUCUCCUUCCUUUAUAGCUCUUUGAGAGAGAAUGGUUUCCAUUUGUUGGUUCAUUUCUGAAAUAACCUUAAUGGCUGGAUCUGUACUAA